AUGGAUAAUGCACACAACCAAUUGCCAUCAAGCCCGUUGGCGCCGGCAAUGAGCCCUCCCAAACGUGCUCUUGACAGUUCGCCGUUUUUAGAAAACGAUGCAUCUGUCGCGGACCGACUCCAAAGGGACCGCCAACGACAGUACGAAAGCUCGAGACAGCCGCUUUCGUCGCCUCUGAAAGACACGGGCAGCCGUUUCAAGAGCCCGAGCCGACGCCGACGUCGAAGCUUGCAAUUGCACCGACAUCAAGCUUUGGAAAAACGCGUGUUGCAGGCUCGAGGAGGGUCUAUGCGUAUGGAACUCGAUGUCAUGGCACUUGAGCGGGAUGCCGAGCAGUGCCAACUAGCCACGCAGGCGCAGUGGCACCAGGUAGACCCCAACUACAUUGAGAAAUACGAAUUUUCCGAUUCUGAAAGGGCGAAUGACGGGGACAACGACGACAACGAUGAGGACGAUGAGGACGAACUGAUAGCUCUUCUGCAAGAGCAGGAAGACUACGAAGCGGAGUUUCGGCUCGAACAGGAGUUGCUGGAAUACGCCAUGGCCCAGUUCAGCCUGGAAGAAGACAAAGACCGUGAUCCGCGGCUUAGCACGUAA